GUCCCAAAAUCAGAGUGCACUACGCGGCUCAUUGAAGUAGCAUGGGCAUCGUACACAAUGACCGAUAGAUAAUACGCCGCCAAUUGAGUUUUCCAUCUCCUCCAGUGUCUCUGGUAAAAAGCAAACUGUAUAGUGGGCGGUCUCACGUGCCGGCUUUCUUUUGAUUCGCUCGGCUUUCUCUUCCUCACUGAACCUAUUGAAAGCAUCAGGAAAGUCGGCCAAUACUGAAACCGUGGACAGUGCCAUAUCAACGCUUUAGCAACCAGUAACAUAAUGACAACUUUAUCACAGACAAAGGAAAUCUUCCGGAGAGCAGACGCUGUGUGCUUCGACGUGGACAGCACUGUUAUCAGAGAAGAAGGCAUUGAUGAGCUAGCCAAAUUCUGCGGGGUUGGAGAUGCUGUCACAGAAAUGACUCGCAAGGCCAUGGGGGGGUCAGUGACUUUUAAAACUGCUCUGACGGAGCGCCUGUCCAUCAUCCGAUGCUCGAGGGAACAAGUGAACAAACUGAUAACUGACCACCCUCCUCAGUUGACGGCAGGUAUUAAGGAGCUUGUUGAUACUUUGCACCAGCGCAACGUGAAGGUGUUCCUGGUGUCUGGCGGUUUCCACUGUAUCGUGGAGCAUGUCUCCACUCAACUCAACAUUCCCCUCCAUCACGUGUAUGCCAACCGCCUCAAGUUCUACUUCAAUGGUGAGUUUGCUGGCUUUGACGAGACCCAGCCCACAUCUGAGAGUAAUGGGAAGGGGAAGGUGAUCAGCAUGCUCAAGAAGAAGCACGGCUUCAAGAAUGUGGUGAUGAUCGGUGAUGGAGCCACAGACCUGGAGGCCUGUCCCCCUGCAAAUGCAUUCAUUGGAUUUGGUGGAAACGUGGUUAGGCAGCAAGUAAAGGAGAGAAGCUUGUGGUACGUCACAAGUUUUAGAGAGCUGCUACAAGAACUGGAGAAGAUUUAACAACAAGGAAAUACCAUAACCUGAACCCUCUUACAACUAUUGUUACUAAUGCUAACAUCAGUGUUUUAUUUUCACCUAAUGGUGUGCCUUUUAUGGUUUUAUCUAGUGCACAAUAUUUUUUCAUUUCCAGUCAAUAGAUUUUUUUAAAUGUUUACACUACAAUAGUGUCUUCUUGGGUUUGACCCUUGUUGAUUUUUAUACUAGAUAAUACUAAAAAAAAUAAAGUUAUCCUUUUUCUGGAGGGUUUUGAGCAGGGUUGGAGUCCAUUCGAUUUCAUUUCAGUAUGUUCGUUUAAUUCCUGAAUUCAAUUAAUUGAAUUGGAAUUGAACCCAACCCUGGAUUUGUGUUUUUUUUAACUGCACUUUUGUGGUUUUGUCCUUACGUCAAACUUUUGUGGGAAGGAUAAUAAAACUACUGCAUUUUACAAUAUAUGCCAUUAAAUGCCUUUAUAGAUGUAAAUGUUUUGCAAUUGACACUAAUAAUAGUAAGUGUAAAAUGCA